AGAGAGAGAGAGAGAGGAGAAGAGAAGAAAGGAAAAACAGCAGCUCCACGCCACUCCUUUGUUUUAGGAAAUCGCUUGAAACGCUCGAAGGAAUGAAAUGAUGAAUCAAAUUUCUUUCGCGUUUUUUCGCAACGACUGUUUUUAGAGGCGAACUUUAUGAUUUGCGUUUCGUUUAGUGGGAUCGACAGAAGAGCGUUUGAGAUCGGAAACCUUCAGACGUAUUAAGCUUCGCUCUGCAUUCAUUCUGAACGCAUCUUCACCAUUUUUUGCUCUUGAACAUCAGGAGAUCAUCUGAACACACGGACGCGUUUUGGAGAUCGGAGAUUUUUCUGCUCGCGGUUCGACUUUGUUAUUGUUGUCCAGGCCCGAAAUAUUCGCGUUUGAUCAAAGGCCUUUAAUGCGGCACACACGCGCCUCAGUUUUUAACGCGUCAGAUGAACAUCAGAUCUGAUCCAUAAACCAGCUGCGAUCCUCAAAACAGAAGAUCUGAUCGGUGUUAAUCGCUUUUCAUACGCAACAUCUGCGGCCCACUUCAAUGUUAAUGUCGACCGACGUCGCAUCUCUAAUGCUGCCCGUGACCCGCGGGAUCAUGGAGCGGGAGAGGGAUCUGGACUCCGGUUCGGCGGGGGUUCGAGGGAUGAAACGCGGAGAUCCGGAGCCGGAGGGCGCCGCGACGGCGGGGGACUCGGUCGUUGCUGAAUGCAAACGAGCGCGAAUGGACGGAACCGAGGAGACCGAGCAGGGGUCACAGGACGCAAUGGUGGCUCAGGAGGGUCUUGCUCCUCCAUUUUCCAGCUUCCCUCCUCCCCCUCCCCCUCAGAACGGUCUCGCAUUGGAGUUUGGGGGAGGCAGUAAUUACCCUGCAGGGGGGCAGGGGCAAACGGAGACCCCGGCGGUAGUCAGCACCCCCUCUAUCCCGAGCAAUCCCCAACUGUCAGACAGCUCUCCUCAGACAGAGACUCAGUUGGUUCCUAUCAGCGCUUCGGGCAGUGAUGAAUCUUCAGAGGCUAAAGGCACCCCGAAACGCCUCCACGUUUCUAACAUCCCCUUUCGCUUCAGAGACCCGGACCUGCGGCAGAUGUUUGGGCAAUUUGGAAAGAUUCUGGAUGUGGAGAUCAUUUUCAAUGAAAGAGGGUCAAAGGGUUUUGGGUUUGUGACGUUCGAGACCAGCGCAGAUGCCGAGAAAGCCCGGGAGAGACUUCACGGAACCAUCGUAGAAGGACGAAAGAUCGAGGUCAAUAACGCCACAGCUCGAGUGAUGACCAAUAAGAAGUUGGUUAGUCCGUAUGCUAACGGCGAUGGUCUUAGCACACUGCCCUACGCUGGGUGGAAAUUGAGUCCCAUGGUGGGCGCUAUGUACGGACCCGAGCUCUACGCAGUUCCAGGGUUCCCGUAUCCCACAGCUGCGGCCGCAGCCGCCGCAUCCACAGCCGCAACCUUCAGAGGGGCUCAUCAUCUGCGGGGUCGCGGACGGCCCGUGUACGGAACGGUGCGAGCCGCUGUUCCUCAGCCGGCCAUACAGGCAUAUCCUGGUGUGGUGUACCAGGAUGGGUUUUAUGGAGCUGCAGAGCUGUAUAGCGGCUAUACGGCGUAUCGUUACACGCAGCCAACGGCAGUAGCGAGUCCAACCGCAGCGGCGGCGGCGGCAGCAGCGGCCGCAUACAGUGACAGCUACGGCCGCGUGUAUGCGGCAGAUCCGUACGCGGCUGCGCUAGCAGCUCCGGCGGCGGCCGCGGCAGCGUAUGGAGUGGGAGCGAUGGCGACGAUUUACAGAGGCGGAUACAGCCGGUUUGCGCCAUAUUAAAUGGCGUUAAUCCACUUCCAGAUUCCUUAUGGCUCUGAUACUUCACCAAUAGCUGCUGGCCUCAGAGGGAAAACAAAUCACACUUUGCGAAACACGUCUGUUACGAACAAACUUUGAAUAAGGAAUGCAACUAUAUAAAUCAAUACAUGGAAGAAAGUGGAUGGUUUUUCAAGGAAACAAGAUAACGUCGAACACUACACAAUAACAGAGGUAUCUGACUGAAACUUGACUGUCAAGCUCAAAUCAUUUCUUCCUUCGGCUCGUCUCUUUGCACAUAUGCAUGCAGUAACGGCUCUAGACUGCCUCUAGUGGCCAUUGAACUACGUGUGCACAGAGCGCCAGGACUAAAGUGAAUACGUUUAUGUCACCCUUCACUGUUUCACACUACAAUAAUUAUCGAUAUUCUUUAAGAAACGUAAGAGACAUUCAUCUGGACUGCACUCGUCUCCAUUUUAAGGAUCGUCUUAAAAUACGUGGAUCCCAUCGGCCCUGUAAGGGAGGACGAUGCCGUUAUCCCAAACGCAGAAACAAGACACGAACAUCAUGGGUUUCCUUCAAGAUCAUGGAUGAAAGGCAAUGCCAACAGAUGUUUUCAAUCAACAAACUGUGAUGCACAAAAAAACGGGACGACGUGUCAUAAUAUUCCGUCUUGCUGAAAGCUUUGUGUUCUUUAAACAGUACCUCCGUUCAGACUAUCUUUGAAGAGGCAUACCUUUAAAAUUAAAUAGUAAUUAUAUGCAAGUACACUAGAAUAGACUCAAAAUUUUACCAAACAUUAUUAUUAUUAUUAUUAUUAUUAUCCUUAGUUUUUUUAUGAUUGUGUUAGCUUUGAAGGAGCAGGACACCAUCUGAAACCAUAUAGAAAUAAAAAAUAAUGUCCACAUUCACAUGAUGAUUUAAAGCAAGUGUUUAAAUUAUGCUAGGAAAAAACAUUUUUGUUCAGAUUUUGGAAUUGAACAGCUCUUUGUAAAAAAACGAUACACACUCUUUUAUUAGCAUAGUUUUGUAAAAUAUGCAACUUCAGCCCAAAUUGUAGAGAAGAGAGAUGGAGAUGAUGCUUCUGAACUCCAUAGUAUUUUUGUCUUCUUUGCGGAGUGUGUCCUCUUCCUCGUCAGUAUAUUGGUAUUUUACUUUUUUUGAAUUUUGGUUCCAAAGAUGAGUCAAGCACAUUCUUGAUUGUGUGUAAGCGUGUUUGUAAUUCUGUUGUUUGGUUUAUUUCUUUUUUUGUAUCUAUAGGUUUUUGAUAUUGUUUGAAGUGGCUCAUUAAAUAUUUCAUAAAGGCCGGAUAUGGGAAUGCAGCAUGUUAAUACAGUCGCAGCGUGCCCUCGUGAUCACCAUGCAUUUCAUUGUUUGUUUCAUUUGUUUUUGCAACACCUCUCUCUUUCAGUAGAUUCAGAGGUCUUGUGUCUGAACUACAUCCUGGUCAAGAACAUUUAGCCAUUUUAGAGUUUGUAAUGAAUUUUAACACAGUUUGUUGCGCAUGGAUUGAGGUAAUGCUCACCACGUCUGUAACGUGUAAUGAAAAACUGACCACAAACUACACCAGACAGAUUUUUUUGUUUUGUUUUGUUUUUAUGUUCAAAAGGUACUUAGCAGUCUAUGCAUACAUUUUUCCACAGUAUUAUGUAAUAUCUCUCUACCUAAAUUCUUUUAAAGAUGCUUUUGAAAACGAAUGACGCAACAGGUUUGCUUUCCUUUCCUCCCUGUCACGUGUCCCCCCCUGUAUUAGCCGAGCUGCUCUUCUGAUGAUGGAGGUUUGAAUCUCCUCCGUUUGUGCUGUAAACUAUUCAAGAUGGCAUCUCUUUCAUUCUUGCACCUUAUAAAUAUGAAUCCUGUUUCACAUACCCUCCUUUGGUUUACAGUGUAAUCGUGUUUUUCAGUUGAAUUCUUUCUCUAUAUACAUAUUCUGAUUCCAUUUGUGAUGUAAUUUGUAUUUGAAUGUCCAUAUAAACUGUUUUUUAAACAAUCA